AUGGUCGCUCAACUCGAUUCGUUCCAGUCGUCCUCGCUCGCGUUCCGGGGGUCCUCCUCGGCUGUCGGCAGCGUCGGCGUGCCUGUGGCGACCACCUCUGUCGUGGGCGGUACGCCGUCGUCUCGAUCCCGUCGCUACAACCGCAGCCAUGUGGGCGGGACGUCGUACGUGCCGCUCAACGAGUUCCCGACCUUUAGCAACACGGGCGACGUCGAGAUUGUCGUGCGUGUGCGAUCGGGCCACGAGAACCGCUAUCUGCUGCACCGCGACACGCUGGCCCGGUGCUCGGGCUUCUUCGAGGCCAGCACGAGCAAGGAGUGGUCGCGGGCACAGGUGGUAGGCGAUGAAGCGGAACGACAGACGGCCGCAGAACUGCCACUGCCACCACCACCACCCGUCGCCCGGCUGCCGAGCGGUGCGGAGCUGGCCAGACUCGGCGCAGGUGGCGGCAACAGCAGCAGCACGACGGCCAACAGCAGCGACAAGACCGGCCGUCGAUGGCGAUACGAGCUGGACCUGGGCCAAGACGAGAACGACAAGCCGAUCCUGGUGCAGAAGGAGGAGGACAGUCGGCCGACCGUGCCGUCACAGUCACUCUUUGGCGGCGGUGGCGGCCUCAGCAGCGGCCACAGCCUGACGUAUCGGGGAGCCGGAGGCGGAAGCAAGGCAGCAGCGGGGCCGACACACAGCAACUCGAGCUUCUUCCGGUCGGUGGCCAACCUGACGCUGUCGCGCGAACAUCACUCGUCGUCACGACGUCACGGUAGCGGUCACCAUAGCAGCAGCAGCCAGAACCUGACGCACGGGUCGUCAUCGCUGUUGCCGGCAGCGACGGCCGACGAGAUCGACAUCCUUCGCGACUACGACAACCUGUUCCGGAUCAUGUACAAUUACGCGCCGCUGCUGGACGGCAUCAACAUUGCGGACGCGUACGUGCAGUGCAAAUCGCUGCUAGCAGUGGCCGACGAGUACGACGCGCUGGGUGUCGUGGGCCCGCGCGUGGACCACCACCUGCUGCAGUUCCAGAGUCGGCUGUGGCGGCAGAUUGCCAAGUACCCGAUCAGCUACCUCCGGCUCGGCUACCUGGCGCGGUCGCGGGUGAUCUUCCAGGAGGCGGUGGUGCACGUGGUAGGCCAGUGGCCGGCCGGCGAGCGCAGUCUGCGGGCAGCGAUGCCAGACGCGGUGCUGGACCUGAUCGAGGACAAGGUGGAUGAGCUGGCUGAAGCCGUGGCCCGCGUUGAGUCACGGCUGUUCCGGCUGCACCUGACGACGCGUGGCGGCGAGCGCGUGUCGCCGUCGACAUCGUAUCUGGACUGGCUGGCCGUGUCGCUGUUUCGGCAGUGGCUGGCCGACAACACGACACCGCCGGCCGAGUCGGGCUCGUCGGCACCGCAGGCGCUUCUUCCCAGCAGCCGGGCAAUGCCGGAGAGGCGUGGGAACGGGGGUGCAGACCGAUAUGGGCACCGGAAUGGUGGUGCUGGUGCUGGUGCUGGUGCUGGUGCUGGCCACCAUCGGAGCGGCCGGGCAUCCUCAUCCUCGUCGACCGACUCGGGCGGCCGCAUGGGCGCACAGGAGACGGCAGCCCUGGCGCUGCGAGUGCGAACAACGACGGUCCCGCCGCUCUCGCCACCGCUCUCGUCGCUCGGACGGACCUAUCGCACGCUCGGGACGGCCGGCGGGCUCUCGUUUCUCGGCCACGACGAGUGCAAGCGCUUCCUCAAGAUGUCGCCCGACCUGUACAGCCGCGACAACCUGCGCCGGUUCGAGAAGCGGAUCGAUGAGAUGAAGGCCAUGGCGCGCGAGAUUGUGCGCCCGCUCAUGGGCAGCGGGCUCGAGCUGGACAUGGGUCGCAGCAGCGGCGUCCAUGGCGGCAGCGGGCCGAACGAGCACAUCUCCUACUUUACGUGCACAUAUCUGAGCGAUCGAGAUCUGCCCUGGUAUGUAGAGGGGUGA